AUGGGGAGAGGAUUCAGUGCUUGCAGAACUUCGUUCUAAAAGACGAAAUGCAAAAACUUUUGAAAAAAUCUCCAAGGGCAUGAUGGAGAGAGGCCACAAUAGGGACUCUGAGCAGUGCCGCGUGAAAGUCAAGGAGCUCAGACAAGCGUAUCAAAAAACAAAGGAGGCAAACGGUCGCUCCGGGUCAGAGCCGCGGACAUGCCGCUUCUACGCCGAGCUGCAUGCAAUUCUAGGGGGGGCUGCCACCACUACCCCACCUGUGAUCGUGGAUUCUGGGUCGGGGAUAGUCUCAUCAGCGACGCCUGAGGAUUCUGCCGAUGGGGGAGAGGAGGAGGAGGAGGAUGAGGAUGAGCUUGCAGAGAGCACACAGCACUCCGUUCUCCCCAACAGCCAGGAUCUUUUUCUCACCCUGACUGAAGUACCCUCCCAAGCCAGUACCCAAGACUCUGACCCCAUGGAAGGGACCUCAGCAGCUGCAAAUUCCUCAAGCAUCCCUCCUCCAUCCCGAAGGUUAUCACAGAUAAGGCGUCGUAAGAAGAGAACGCGAGACGAGAUGUUUUCUGAAAUUAUGGAAUCCAGCCGCAGUGACAGAGCUCAUCUGAAUGAGUGGAAGGAAACAGUUUCAAAGUAUAGGAAAGAAGCCAGUGAACGUGAGGACAGGAGGGACCAACGUGAGGACAUGAGGGACCAACGUGAGGAGAGGAGGGACCAACGUGAGGAGAGGAGAGACGCUCGAGAUGAGAGGUGGCGGCAGGAAGACCAGAGGAGCAAGGAUGCAACGCUGGGGCUGCUGCGUGAGCAAACAGAUAUGCUCCGGCGUCUGGUGGAGCUUCAGGAACGGCUGCUGGAAAACAGACUGCCGCUUCAGCCCCUGUUCCACCCUCCCCCCUCCCCAUGUUCCGUAUCCUCCUCACCCAGACGUGUAAGAACGCGGGGGGGGGGGAGGCUCCGUACACCUUCCCAUUCCACCCCAGUAGACAGCCCAAGCAAAAGGCUGUCAUUUUUUUAACCUUUUC